GAGAGUGAAAGAGGGCGAAUAAGCAACUUUGUUACCGAGCAUAGCUGUGUCUCCUCCGGCACCGCGUGGUAAGAGAGAAGCAUUUGGCAGUUAUGGUCGAUCAGCGUUUCUUUCAUCCUCCCCGGUGCAUUUGAGGCGACGAACGCACUCGCACUGAUUAGAUCCCGUUUCCUCUUUCGUUUUGACGGAUUAAAAAUAAAAGACGCGCUGAAAUACCCAAACGAGCCUACAUCUUCAUCAGCGUGCGUGAGAUGACAUUGAAGAUACCUUAGCGGGACUGUGAGCUCGGCCAACAUUUUUGCAGGAAAAUGCAUCUUUGGAUUUCAUAUGUUUUGCUAAGUGCAAUAACAGUGUGUACUGUUGAGAUGUUGGGCAGUUAUGGAGAAAUAUGCCAAAGAAUGUGUGCCUGUGAGGAGAGAGAAGGGAUACUCACAGUGAGCUGUGAAAACAGAGGAGUUGUAAGUCUCUCAGACAUAAGUCCAGUGUACUUCUCCCAGUAUCAUCUGCUGCUUACAGGGAAUCUUUUGAAAAAGCUAUCUGCCAAUGAUUUUCUUGAGUACAAAGGACUUACAAUAUUACACCUGGGAAAUAAUGACAUAUCUGAGGUUGAAGCAGGAGCUUUUAAUGGACUUCAGGGAUUAAAACGAUUGCAUCUCAACAAUAACAAAAUUGAUGUCUUGAAGGAAGAGUUAUUCUUUGGCCUUGAAAGUCUGGAAUAUCUACAAUUUGAUUAUAAUUAUAUAACUCAUGUGGCCCCUAAUGCCUUGAGCAGACUUCGAAAUCUGGAGGUCCUGAUUCUCAAUGACAACUUAAUAUCUAGUCUGCCGGUGAGCAUUUUCCAGUAUGUACCAUUGACUCAUCUGGAUUUAAGGGGGAAUCAGCUCAAAGUGCUUCCCUACUCAGGUCUGCUGGAGCACAUGAACAGUGUGGUGGAGUUACAGCUGGAGGAGAACCCUUGGAACUGUUCGUGUGAGCUGAUUGCGCUUAAAACCUGGCUCGAGAGCAUAUCAUACGCGGCUUUAGUCGGCGAUGUUGUAUGUGAGUUCCCUUUCCGACUUCAUGGGAGAGAUCUUGAUGAGGUUUCAAAACAGGAGUUGUGCCCAAGGAGAGCCAUUGCUGAAUAUGAGAUGCCACCCCUGCCACAUUUGAGCACCGAUGCAUACCAUAGGACCAUACCAGCUCUUGUCACAGCCUCCUUCACCUCAUCUGGGAUUGCUCAGUCCUCAUCAAGACCCACUAAGGGACCUCGCCAGUCAGGCAAAUUGAAAUCAAGGCCCACUCCUCGCACCCCAUCAAAUAAACCACAAAAUUAUGGGCAAAUUAUUUCAUAUCAGACCAAGUCCCCCGUGCCUUUAGAUUGCCCAACUGCCUGCACCUGCAACCUUCAAAUUUCAGACCUCGGCCUGAAUGUGAACUGCCAGGAGCGAAAGAUUGAACAUAUCUCUGACUUAAAUCCCAAACCUUACAAUCCCAAAAAGAUGUAUCUAACAGGGAAUUAUAUCCCAGUGGUGCGUCGAUCCGAUUUUAUCGAAGCGACUGCGUUGGAUUUGCUUCAUCUCGGUAACAAUCGAGUAUCUCGCAUACAUGACCGAGCUUUUGGCGAUUUGAUACAUCUAAGGAGACUAUACCUUAAUGGGAAUUUGAUUGACCAUCUAACAGCUGACAUGUUUUAUGGACUGGAGACUCUACAGUUCUUAUAUUUAGAAUACAACAUCAUUAAAGAGGUCGGUUCUGACACCUUUCAGCACGUACCCAAACUUCAGCUUCUUUUUCUGAACAAUAACCUCUUGAAAACUUUACCCGUGGGAACAUUUAAUAGCCUGACAUUGGCCAGGCUAAAUCUUCGCAACAACCAUUUGCGAUAUCUUCCGGUCAGCGGCGUGCUAGAUCAGCUUACAGCGCUGGUGCAAGUCGAUUUGUUUGAGAAUCCCUGGGAUUGCUCUUGUAGCAUACUGGAGUUAAAGAUGUGGCUGGAGCAGCUUAGCACAGGCACAGUUGUAAAUAAUGUCAUUUGUGGUUCACCCAAAAAGCUUGCUGGGGAGGAUAUGAGAUACAUUAAGACAACUAAUUUUUGCCCUAAUAACUCUGAUAUCCUUGCCUCCAUGAUCCCACCCUCUGAAGAGUCUUUCCCUGGCAGCACUAUCACCAUAGAAACAUCCUUGGACUCUGACGCACAAUACAGCGCCAUUCCUCUAUCUGUGAUGAUUCUUGCCCUUCUCCUCAUCUUCAUUGUGUCUGUGUUUGUGGCUGCAGGAUUGUUCGUGGUAAUGAAAAAGCGACAUCAAAAGUAUCAAAACGAGCAUAAUAACUCCAUGAAUGCUUGCAUUAGCUCUCUCAAUGUGGAAUAUGGCCUUUACAAAAAGGGUUCCAAUCCUAAAGUCAGAACAUCUGCUGGACAUGUAUACGAGUACAUCCCACCUCCCACAGACACAGCAUGCAGAACCACUGCCCAAACCCCGACGGACAGCAAAUCAGUGGAUGGAUUUAGAGACUUUGACGAGUUGAGCGGCGCUUUUCUGGGUAACUCGGAUGAAGAGGCAGCCAGUAAUGUUAUAAGCUCGGAAUACAGUGUCACCACUCCAGAGCCUCUUAACAAGCCCUCCACCCCUCAGCAAGAUGACCAGUGUUACUAUAGAGAGGUACUCGAGCCCGACAAGCACACAUGCUACAGCAAUACGUUACCAUGCAGGCAUGCGGCGCAUUCAUCAAGUCAGUAUGCCUCAGACUUCGAUGCCAGGCAUCAAUACAUGCACCCAGAUAGAAUACAACAGACAAUCCUUUAUUGUGCAUCACCAAGUACUGUAUAUGUGGAGCCCAACAGGAGUGAGUACUGGGAACUAAAAGCAAAGCUUCAUAUUGAUCCCGAUUACCUUGAGGUUCUUGAAAAACGAACAACAUUUACACAGUUUUAAGAGACUUGACCCGUGGACGGUCAAAGCGGAUGCAUUGAUGCGAUGUAUUCGUUUUUAUCAGGAAUCAGACCAUGUUUAGAAAAACAGGCAGCACUAUUUUAUCACCUUUAUUAGUACAAUGGAUUGUGAGCUACAGUAUGCAUUUCUGGGAAUCAUGUGUCACAGGAUUGACUAAUAAAAGGGAGCGCUACUCGUUUUAAAGUAGCACUUAUCCCUUUACCCCAUGGUGUCUAACAGUUUGGUUUAAAUUUGUUAAUAUGACCAAGCAACCAGUAAUUUGGGGCUCUCAUGACUCAUCCCUACAUAAAAUACAUCCUGGAGCUGUUUCAUCGACAAAUAUGUGAGACUGAGUUUACACUCUCAAAUUAGCUACAUUUCAUGAGUGUUAAUGUGUGCAGAUGAUAUGUUGUUGUCCCCAAAUAAACCAGGUUUUUGUCUCAAUUAUAUGCAUAGCUCCCAGUUCUGUCAAAGUUAUUCAAGACUAAACUCACACAUGAGAUGAAAUCAAAUUCAUGCUGUAAGUAGAUUCAUGUGUUCAUUUGACCUGCGUUCAGGUGUUGACAAUAGUCACAAGAGUUAGGAAAUUGUGCUCCUGUGAAAAAUGGAGUUAGACACGGUACGGAGGCAGUUUUUCCUCCAGUAUGCACGGCUCUGGGAUAAUAAUAUUAAAUGCAUGAGAUCAUAAACCAAAUUCCAAUGUAAUAUCUCAAAUUACAGAUUAUGAGGCCAGUGAAUCUGUGCUUUCUUGUUUGCAGAUUUGGGGGGAGUAUAUUAAUAUAUCCUAAAAAUAUACUGAACAGAUCUAAUCGGUGGUAUUCCCUCAGAGCCUCCCCAGCUCUAUUAUGUUUAUUAUGUGUGACAUGUUGCAAUUGUAUUGAGUUAAAUAUCAAUGUAUUGUAACUUCACUCAGAAACAUUGUAACUAAAAGAUUAUAGUCACAGCAGUAUUCAGAUGAAUUGUAACUGAAAGCUCUAAAGGUCUUUAUCAUAUUUCACAAAUAUGCAUUUACAUAUACAUACAGCUUGGAAACACACUUGGUAAAAAUUGAUUGAGUUUCUAAAUUUAUUUGUACCAGAAUUAAAGCCCUUCACACAAAAAGCAGCUCGUAAUAUAUCCAAAGUUUGACACUCAGGAGUACGUCAAAGCACAUUCCUGUGUUUUAUUGUACCCUUACAACCUUUUUUCUUUAUUAUGUGUCUGCGUACAUAAAAAGUAUCUUCCAGUUGCAAUGCAUUUGAGUAGAUUUGCAAUACAGUUAGAGUCUAAUAUAUCUCCACAAACUUCUGUUUGACAUUCAGAUGAAUUUCAGUCACAUCUGUCGGCCUCGGGCCCGUACAAAACAUAUUUUAAAUGACUGCAUAUUUUUAUACAAACAAAUAUUUCUUUUCAUUCUUUUUUUCUUUUCUUAAAAAUGCACUAUUGGCUUCUACAGGUCACCAAUGAUGUCACUUUCUGAAAUGCACAAUAUGGUAACACGUGCAAAAUAGCCAUAGAAGUAGGAUUGAUAACUGUAUACAUAAAAGUACCACAUGUUAAAAAGUCUUGCGCUAUGCAUAGAUGUAGAGAAUACGUAGGCAAUCUGUAUAAAAUGCCACCAGCUCAUCCUCUCAGCCACCAGCCAACACUCAUAAAUGUGAUAUUUAAUAAUAUUAUCACAUCCCAUAAAUGUUUAUUUAAAAUUUAAAACUCAUGCAUAUUCAAAAGAUACUCUUGUACCACUUUUCGGAUAAUUCAUUUUUUCUAAAACUUUAUUUAUCUUUAAUUACAUGUAUUUUAGGGGAAUACUGAUAGGACUUUUGUGUAUUACUUCACAAAGAAAAACACCCACUCAUGAUUUGGCAUUGUUUGUUUUCAUCUGUUUGGUGAAGGGUCGCAUACAAUCUGGCGAUUUGACUGCCAAAGCAGUCUCCUUUACUCUCUUUUUAAGGAGAGGAUUGAUGGAAAGUGCAACAAAUGUGUGUAACAAAUGCGUAAAGGUUUGCAGGAGCUUUAUAGAUAGAAAAGCACAAAGGAAUCUAAGCACAUCAUCCAGUCAUUAUGCAGUCGAACUAAUUUCUGGGUCAAUAGUAUAAGCCCAGAAAUCUGGCUUUCCCUGAGAGUUUAUUACACAGAGUAAAUGCACAUCAUAAGCAGUAUUAUGCACUGGACCUGUCAUCUUAACUCAGCUAAUUAGAGGACAUGGUGUAUCUGGACCCUGUCGGCAUGUCACCAUGCAUUACACUGCAGCAUUAGUCAUGCUGUUUAUCAAGUAUACAGUCUUGGUUGGUUGCCUUUCACUUCUUCAGAAUCUUUUUGUGAUUAUUUUGUCACUUGACCUGUGUCUGCUCUUUGGAAAUGCAUCAGAACCAAUGACAUGGAAUCUACACAGUGCUGCAUGAUGUAAACCUGCACAGGGUUGUACUUUGUCACAUGUAGGAUUUGUUUUUAUUAAUAUAUUGCUGUGACGUUUUGUGGUGAAAACACUGUAAACCUGCACAGACAGAUCAACACAUGUUUGUAUUGUGAGCAGUGGCCGCCAUUCAGUUCGUUGUUUCAGUUCUCAAAAUAAUAGUUAUUUUUUGAAUGUGUAGUAGAUUUUGACAGAAAUGUUAUCGUUUGGCAGAGUAUUUGGAGGAAAAUCCACAAAAAACUUUAAACAUUUUAUUUGUCAUGAUGUUUCUUUCAAUUUGUGAGAAUCUUGCAAAAACAAAUGUGUAACGGAACACUGUAUAUAACAGACAUUUGUAAUAUGUUUUGCUCUUUCUGCUUUUUGUAAUCGAUGACCAAAUGCCGAUAUUUGUCACAUGUGAAACUACAAAUACUGAUAACGCAAAAAUAUGUUAAAUUGAAAUGUGACUGUCCUGUGUACGUAUGCAAACGUUAUAUUUGCAAAGAAGAAGAGAUCCAUUUAGUGUCUUAUUCUUAUUCAGAAAUGUUAUGUUUGCUUCUCUUUGUUUUGUUUUCAUGAAAUUGUGUUUUUUUUAUGUCAACCUCUGAUUUGUAAAUAGAACACUUCAUCAGCAUUUCCAUGCAAACUUGCAUUGACUCUGAAAAGCAAAAACCUGGUCUCUUAUUGCAGACACACAGUACAACUAGGAAUACGUGGGGUAAAUAUAUCUACAAUGUGCUGUGUCUUUAGUUGUUAGCUGAUGAAUAAAAGAUUUGCAUUCAUUUGGUAUACCCUUGUUUCUGUGUUCCCUUCACCUUCUCAACCAUGGUGUGUGAAGUAAAUGUCAUAGUGCACAGGGAGGACCGUUUUUGAAAAUGCUGCACAAAAUCCCAUUGGUAUUUUUUAAAACAUUACUAAAAUUACAAUAUCCAAUUCAAAUGUUCAGAUCAAGCCAUUGUCAUAGUUUCAACUAGACAAAUGGGAAAUAAAGAAAAGGGCUGUGUUGCAUAAUAAACAUUGAGAUGGCAUAGUUAGUACUGUGUGGCGCCUCAGUACCACCCAAAGACAUUUUGACUAACAACUCAAAUGAUCAAUUCUCUCAUGUAUAAAUGAAAUGAUUAUCUGAUGCCUAAAGCGUCACAACAGCUGCACAAAUAGUAGCAGAACAGGCCUAGGGCUGUAUUACAACAUUGACUUUUACCAAAUAUGAGUUUCUUCUACACUACUGAAUUAAAAAUGUUUGUUCUUGAGCAUCUCAUGGCAACAGAGGAUGUAUUUGUUGUGUCAAUUGUGAAUAAAGUAAAUAAGUGACCUUACUGUAACUGUGCAUCAUGAACACAUCUGUGUGCACGCAGACACUUGCAGAGAAAUAUCCUUUGCAGACAUAACAGUAUCCAUGGAAACAUCCAAUUACCUGACACAGAAAAACAAUUUGAUGUACUACACUGACAACUGUCAACUAAUUUGUAACUCAGCCCUGAUAUUUAUGCUAUUACUCUUUCUUGCAUGUCUUUGAAUCCUACACAUUGAAAGACUAAAGCUGGCAUGAAAUACAUUGCCCUGCGUUGCAUUUUGGUGUGACUGACAGGAUCUGUCAGAAAAAAUGACCAUAUUAAUAAGACAACAAACCAGGCUGGAUCACCUUUUGACUCGGUGUUUGUCAGAUUGAUGGUGUUAUGUUGCUUAGCUGCUUGAAGACCCCAAUUCAGCUAGGGAGAGGGAAAUUAGGGCAGAUCUACAUUAUGUAAGCUUGAAGAGAUGUGUCAGGCAGUGUGAAGACAGCAUAUGACUGUAAGCAUUCACCAAAGGAAGAGCCUUUACUAUAGCUUAAACCAGGCGAGCAAACACAGUGGAUAUACCACUGACUCAAGACCUCCUUGAUAUGUCUCUAUUUCUUUCAUAGCGGAAUCUCACAUCUGGCAACAUAUGUAUGUCUUCCAGUUGUUAGUCUCAGACUGUGUUUCUGUCCCUGGAGCUUCUUUAGUCUUCUGUUUCCAUGUGCGGCAAUGCUCCGUCUCUCUCUCUCUCACUGUGCAUGUGUGUUUGUGUGUGUGUGUGUGUGUGUGUGUGUGUGUGCAUAACUUAUUGACUCAGAGUGUAUUCAUGCUUGCCUCAAGGACUUCAGCCAACCAGUGUGGCAAUACCUUUUUCCUCUUUUUUCGUCUUCAAGGUUUUUGUUUCAAAAUCCCUCAUACAACUCUCCAGCAAAGUAAAGGGCUUGAGUAAUAAUUUAUGAAUUACAGUUUGAACAUAAACUGACAUUUAUCAGUGUCCAGUGUGCUUGUUCAUACUGUAUGUCAGGGUAAGGUCCAUCGUGUUAGAUUGAUUUGAAGAGAAAUUCCAUGCUGUUGAGUUUAGAGCAGUAUUUACAAAACCCAGGGAGGGGGAUUUGGAUUCGGGAUGUGCGAAACUUUCCUAGUAUAUUCUCAACAACUGGAAAUAGUAUGUGUGAGACACAGUAAUAUUUAUGAGGGCUUAUCCAGGCUUAUGACUGCCAAAGUGACAAAAUCCCUCUUCAUCCUCCCAUUUAUGGUACUAUACACUAAACAUGAGAAUGAUAUUUCACACCAAGAGAAAAAGAAAAUCUUUGGCGCAAGGUGAAAUAAAAUGUUGUGUUGUGAAUACAGUGAAUUGAUGUUUAUAAGAGGCUUUCAAAGCUAUUGAGUGCUCUGUAUUAGACUGGCUGUAUGCAUGAUACCAUUCUUUGAGAUUUCCUGCCAGUAUUCAGACAAUUGUUAAUAUUCCCCCGAUUCAAAAUGAUCCACUCUGAAUAAAAUGUUGUCCCUCCUUCAGUUAGCAGCACACUGUGCAGCUCGUAUGCUGCCCUGCAGAGUCUCUCAUCUCGCAUUAACCUCUCUCCAAGCCUGAUAUCCAUCCACUUUUUAUCAGCCCAUUUUCCUUAUGGCUCUUCAGCACAUCAAGGGCAUGUCCUUCUCUGUAUCUUGGCCUGAAGUGUCAAUAUAACUGCUAUAACAGACUGGCCCGCUUUAUCCUGUAAUUUAUAGUGCCAACAAACAGGCCUCGAUGGACUACCCCAUUUGUGAUUAUGUGUGACUUUACACCGCAGCACUAAAUCUGUUUCUUGUCUCACGGCAAGUUUAUUUAUAAAUGCGGCAGACCAGGGUGAUCCACUGUGGCAGUGUCUCCUCCUGAUUUGAAAAAGAUGUGACCUGAAAGGGCCCUGUUUGUGUUUCCUCCUUCAAUCGAGAGAGGGAGAGACACAAAUCUCACAAUAAAAAAAAACAAGCCCUGCCAGAACAAUAAUGGUGUACUCAAGAUCAGAGACAGUAAGAGGGGCAUGCUUUUCUUCAGAAGCAAUGGCAACUGACCAUUUGAACAAAACCGUUUUUACAUUUAAGUUCAGAAUGUAAGAUUAUUCUAAUGCAAUCACACUGUGCCUUAAACACAUAUAGCUAAAACAAUUUAUAGUCAUAUGCUGCAUUAUUUCAUACAAUAUUUUCUUAGAAGUGUAAAAAUUCCACACACCAACAUAAAUGUGACUUGGCUGUGAAGCUUUUGAAUCAAGUAUGACUAUUACAGAUUGCUCAUGUACUGUGACAGCAUGGAUUUAAAUGCAGCUAUUGCUGCACUGUUGCAUAUUUCUUUCUUCUCUUUCCCGGCCAUCUCAAAAAACCAAACCGACAGCUGGAGCAAGCCAACUAACCGCUCGUCUUCAAAUGUUCAAAUGUUCAGUUUGUUUUGACAAGUAGCAUUUAAUCUGAUUAAACGUUUCUUGUUACGGUGCGCAUCCCUGUAACGUAUUUCCCAUUGAGUUUGUGAAGGGCAUACUUAUAAGGAAAGACAAAUUAUCGUACUGAGUUCAUGUAACAUCAGUCCCACAUUUUCUCUAAUAGGUUGAUAUUAAAUCCGUAGUUGUACUAGUUGUGGUUUAUCUCCGAUGAAUGGUGAGUGGAUGUGAUGCCAGCGAAGCAUAGAAAUAGAUGUAAUGUACAAAGUGUAAGGGUGCACUAUACUGCAGAAUUUUAAGAAAAUAUGUAAUUUGAUGAUUUCUGAGCCAUUUCUUUAACUUGAUAAUUGUCAAAAUUAUCAUUGGAUUUCUAAAUAAAUGCUUCUUGUAUAUUGCAUAUAACUGAAAGACUUGAUCUGCAGUGCUGUGUUGAUCAUAACCCUCUAAAUGGAGUUGAGCUCGUUGCAGCAAGUAUACCAGCCGUCACCCAAGCCUCUCCUUCCACCACUGUGCUCAGAGUUACAGUACAUGUAGCUGUGGAUGUGUGUUGAAAAGUGAAAUGGUUUGUAAGGGUGCAGCACCUUUGCUGUACGAAACCGAAUUCAUUUUCAUAAAUUCACUCCACAUAUGUGUCAAUCUGAAAUAUAUAUUUUUUUCUUUUAAAGAUUGGGAGAAAAUGAAUAAAUUCUUAACAGUCUUGCCAUGUUUGAAUAUAACUUAAGCUCUUAGGCAACAUGAGUGAAAGCCAUACUACAUUUGGAAAAUGCUUUAUUUGCACUGUGGCACAGUGUCAGACAAAUGAUGCGACACCUACUCAGCUGAUAAGGAUUUGGUACCUUUGCUCAAGGACACUGCAGCAGAACAGACAUUUAGGGUGACAGGGGAACCUACAGGGACCCUCGUCACCACACAUGCUUUCUGCAUUUUGUUCUGUAAUUAAGCGCAGAGGACAUGGCUUAUCAAACUACAACAUAAACCCCGACAUGUCAGGCACAGGUGACUGUCCACUUAAAUCAGCGUUCUCCUAAAGCUCACUCAUAGAAAACAUUGUAAUACCUUUUAGUUACUCUUCUGUUUUUGUAUUUGUCUUACUUGUCUAUAAACCUAAGUGUGACUGCAGUUUCAUUGAUCAUCCUACUUUUGUAUAACCACCAGGUUCAGUGCAUCUCAGAUACCCAGAGAGAAAUAUUUGUAUUGUACACAGCAUUGUCUACAAACACCAGUAGAACAACUUUUCUCUCUACUUAGUUGGUGGCAACUCAGACACGAUUAUAUUUAAACUUGAGGAUAACUUUUUAAGCAGUAUAUAGUUCAAGGCAUAGCAAGACUCUUAUUUUAUACUCAGUUCUCGUGACAAGCUGAGGGUGCGCAGUGGUUCCUGAAAGCACUUUUCCGUGUUUCUGUCUCUCUUUGCAGUGAGUAUCCUUGUGGGAUUUACAACAAGCUACAAUGAAUCCAGACAGAUGGCAAGGUGGGGGUGUUGAGUAACCAUCUUUUGAACCCCAGGGAGCACUGCCACAUACAAGCUGUCAAACAAAUGUCUUCACUCAGCUUUAUUUGUUGUUAUAAUAUAAUGAGAUCCUGACUUUGACUUUCAUUUUUACAAUUGUUCAGAUGUCCAAAAGAACUGCGAUCGCAGUGUUAAAACCACAUUCUUGGUUCUCGUUACAAAGUUUAUGCAUACACUUCCUUAUUCAUUAUAUUAUUGUUGUGCCAAAAGCAUCUUCUCCAUGAAUGCAUUAGGGCAACGAGGCCAUCAUGAAUUUACAUAAAGUGAAGUAGCAAAUAGGUCAUGAAUAUCAUUAAAAUUUAGAAAGCAGCACUUCAAAGAGUGGUAACUCUAUGCCUCAGCAUUUGACCAUCCAUAUAUCUCCUCAUUAACUACACUGGAAAGCAUUAUUUGCUGAAGGCCGCGUACUGCGAGCUGGUGGCAAGUGCAUCAAAACAGUUCUUUCAAGUUCUUCCUCGUGUUAAGUAUUGUGCAACUACACAAUUCCUCACAAGCCAAAAGACUGAGAAGACCUGCUAGCAUGUGUCAGCUCUGGUAAUACUGAGGAAGCUCAUAGCAAUUUAUGUAAGACACUACUUCAGCUCUUCACUGUUGACUGGAUAAUUGACAGGCUAUUGUUGGUUAACUGACAAGAUUUCCCAGAUUUCCCAAAAGACAUGUCAAAUGUGUCCAGCCAACCGCUUAAAGACUUCAACAGUUUUGACAAGGAUUGUUUUUGCUUUUCAACAAACAAUAACAUAUGCCUUU